UAAAACAUUUUUGGCGUCUCAGCUUCUGCUAAUAAUUAGCCCUUUCUGCACGAAUCAGGUUAAUUACUGAGGGACCUCCAAACUUUGGACCUGCUGGCAGGUGGUAUAAAACCUUCCCAGUCCGUCCCGCAAAAGAAUAAAAUAAAUAUAGAUUUGGUAAUAACGAGAACAUAGAGCGUCUAAUAGAAAAUAUAAGGGGUCAUGUCUUCGCGUCCUAUAACAAUAACCAUAACCACCGGAGAACCCGUGGUUAACUACAACGAGUUGAGCUUUCAUGGACCUAGAGGCAAUCUGAUGGAGCAGGUGGAUCUGGGCUCUGGGUCCACCCUGGAUCUCAUAAACAACUGCGAGAGGGCUGAGGUGGACAUUGGCUCAACAAGACUGUGGAAGGAUCAGAAGCAUCAAGGCGUUCCUGUGUUCCCGGAAGGAACGUUGCGAGAGCCUGUUGCAUUCUGGGAUCGCCAUGCUCCUCUUGUCUUCUCAGAGCCCGAUGCAGAGAAUGCAGACGGAAUGAAACCACUGCUUGUCAACGUCUUCAAGAUCCCCCUCCUCCUCUUUCUCCUCUUCAUGUUUGUCUGUUCCCUGGACAUCCUGAGUUCAGCCUUCCAGUUGGCUGGGGGUAAGGUUGCAGGAGACAUCUUCAAGGACAACGCCAUACUGUCCAAUCCAGUGGCUGGGCUAGUAGUGGGGAUCCUUGUGACUGUUUUGGUCCAGAGUUCCAGCACGUCCACCUCGAUUAUCGUCAGCCUGGUGUCUUCUGGAUUGCUGAAUGUAAGCUCAGCUGUUCCCAUCAUCAUGGGAUCCAACAUCGGCACCUCAGUCACAAACACCAUUGUGGCUCUGAUGCAAGCUGGAGAGCGAAACGAAUUCAAACGGGCCUUUGCCGGAGCCACUAUCCAUGACUGCUUCAACUGGCUUUCUGUGCUGGUUUUGCUGCCCUUUGAGGUGGCCACCGGCCUGCUGAACCAUAUGGCCAGCACCCUGGUGAAGAGCUUCCGUAUCCAAAGUGGAGAGGACGCUCCAGAGCUGUUGAAGGUCAUUACAGAGCCCCUCACCAAACUCAUCAUCCAGCUGGAUAAGUCCGUGAUCACCGGGAUCGCCAUGGGAGACGAGAGCAUGCGGAACAGGAGCCUUGUGAAAGUGUGGUGUGGGACCAGCCUGCUGCCACCUCGGCACACGUCCAUCAGUGGUCUUCAAAACAACACUCUCCCACAAUCCAUGUGGCUGGCGGAGGAUCCGAUAUCACCGGUCAACAUGCAGAAAUGUAGACACCUGUUCGUUGACUCCUCCAUGUCAGAUCUGUGGGUGGGCCUUAUUCUGCUGGCCACCUCCCUCGCUGUUCUCUGCACCUGCUUGAUCCUGUUGGUCAAACUGCUCAACUCACUCCUGAAAGGGCAAGUAGCCAAGGUCAUCCAGAAGAUUAUCAACACCGACUUUCCCCAUCCCUUCGGUUGGGUGACGGGCUACCUGGCCAUGCUGGUGGGUGCCGGGAUGACCUUCGUGGUUCAGAGUAGCUCCGUCUUCACAUCUGCUUUGACCCCUCUGAUAGGCAUUGGCGUCAUCAGCCUUGAGAGGGCCUACCCGCUGACCCUGGGCUCCAACAUCGGCACCACCUCCACUGCGAUCCUUGCCGCCCUGGCCAGCCCCGGGGACAAGCUGGCGGCCGCCAUCCAGAUCGCCCUCUGCCACUUCUUCUUCAAUAUCCUGGGCAUUCUGCUCUGGUACCCGAUUCCUGCCAUGCGCCUUCCCAUCCGCAUGGCGCGGACGCUGGGCGAUCGCACGGCCAAGUACCGCUGGUUCGCCAUUCUCUACCUGGUGCUGUGCUUCCUGCUGCUGCCCUCGCUCAUCUUCGGCCUGUCGGUGGCUGGCUGGCAGGUCAUGGUGGGCGUGGGGGCUCCCUUCGCCGGCAUCACGGCCUUCAUCGUGCUCAUCAACAUCCUGCAGUCCCACAGCCCGCAGCGGCUCCCGGCGAGGCUCCAGACCUGGGACUUCCUGCCGUCGUGGUUGCGCUCCAUGAAGCCCAUGGAUAAGCUAAUUACCAAGGCGACGCCGUGCUGUGGCGCCAGUCACCAUGGUGAUGUCCAGCCCCACCCGCCCCAGUACGGCCCGGCCUUCGCCCCUGAGCCGAGGAAAGCACCACAGGUGUAUGAAAACCCAGCUCCCUACUUGGAUGAGGCCACUGGUCCUGCACCAGUCUUCAAGUUACGGGGUCUGGAACGGUGCAAUAGUACUCCUCUGUAGGACACUUAUUAGAAUCGGCUUUUACUUUUGCCUCCCAUAUAGCAAAUCCAGAUUUGUGUGUCUGACCCAGAACUGAGCCUCGGACCCAAAAUGUGUGACUCAAAGCUUUGUACAGACCGGCUGCAGGAAGCCACUUCUCUCCCAGUGGGAGAUAAAUGCGUCUGUCUCUCUAUUUUUUAAUACUAUUCUGUAAAUUAAGUCGGUGAUUGUAGAAAAAAUGCGGUAUAGUAUAUAAAGUGGCGAGAUGCCCAUAAACACUUGGGUGAGAGCCGAGGCCCGGGUGCGAUUGCCGAAAGCGAACAAGUUCAGGGGGUGAUUCUGUGGAAAAGCACUUACUCGUGAUGUUUCUGAAGUAUUGCAAUGUAAGAACGAUAUGGACCUUGUGCGAGUUCUGGAAGCCUGUCGUGCGUGUGGUGGGGGGGCUGGUGAGGGCCGUCGCUCUGAGGCGGUUGGAGGCCCCCCCCAAAGCUUUUGGACUCUAUUAAAAUGGGAAAAUGAAUUCCUAUUUAUGGGUAAUGAGUGUGUCUGACAUCAUCCUGUUUGAGGGCCCCGUAGUCCACCAUGGGACCCCUUGCCCCGCUAUCCCAUAAUAUACUACACACAAGAGAGGCUGGACGGCUCCUGUCAUCAGAGCUGGUUAGCCAGUGCUGUUUAUCUCGACAUUUUCCCGGUUCACUGGGUUUGCUCGGCUGCUAAUUGAGUGUAAUGAAUAAUGAAAUGUUGCCCUAAACUUUAAUAGUCACAUUUUUGCACAGGGACCCAGAACCACAUCCAGAGCAGGCUAAGUUGGGCUCAUUAAUGUUUGUAUUUAAGCCAAUUUCGAGCGAGUAGUGAUCUGCUUGAACCUAAGCGCGGUGCUGUUUCUCUUAGGCUAUUCCACAGCGGCUGUUUCCAUGAGAGCGUCUUAAAAAAGAUCAUGCCAUCCGGUUUGUGCCAAUCCCCAGUGAUUUGCCGUUUCCUGUAAUACUGAUGUCUCUGAAGCUUUCCGAUCUUUGACCGCUCACUUUUCCCAGUUUCCGCAAAUCCCCGUUGAAUGCAGUCACAUCUCGCAUACGGUUUAGCAGUUAAAUUUUUUACGAAAAAUUUAAUCCAAAUGACAGCUGAAUUAAAAAAAAAAAAUUAACACCCUCCAUGAGGAGAAUCUGGUGCAGACAGCAUUAAUAGAGAUGUUUAUUUCACGGUUUUAUUUCUGUGCAGAUCUGAAGUUCAGCUAAUUUGAGAAACGCUUCUAUGAGCUUCCAAACCGCCAAGGAGUGGCGUAAAUGUACCUGGUCGCUUUGGCCAAACCCCAGCAUGGCUGCUUGUCCGUGUCUUUACCCACCAUGCACUGCACAGAUUUCCGACGUGUCGUCGAGGUCACUAGGUAACUGUCUGCUGGGGAGGAACUGUUGACUUUGCACCCCGGAUGUUCUGGGUCACAGCUCUCCGGCAGACUUCAGGACAGCCCCCCCGGCGGCAGAGUGACCCCCACCACCUGUGCGGAGAGCCGGUUCAGCCUGCAUUAUGGGCACAUUAGAAGCCCCCCCCCCCCCGACGUUCAGACGGUCAUUUGCAGACUGUCAACAAGUGUCUUAAAUGUGUGUAGAUGCACUGUAGUGAUUUAUUACAUAAAGUAUGACAGCUCACAUCAGUACAUACAUUUAUAUUAUCAUGCACAA